ACUUAGUGCUUUGGAAAGAGGGCUGAGCCUCACACACAUAAUCAGCGCAGCUUCUCAAUGGGGGGACGGAGCCAAGAGGAGACAGAACUGUCGUUCCGCUGGAGCUGAUCUCAGUCCGUGUGUGAGAAGUGAGGAGGCAAAUUAACGUUCUGUCGUCACGAGAGGGAUUUUACCUUCACAGUACUGAUCUAAAGGUGAUAUGAGCAGCCUUCCAUCUUGUAAACACUGACUAGUUUGUAACAGCGUGUCAUUCCUGUGAGCUGAGGUGGUUUCUGGUGACCGCACUCCCAGGAUUUCAGACGGACAGAGAGAGUCGAGGGGGGCAAGCGGACGAGGCAGAAACAACAGAGCUUCUCCCCCUCUUAUCCUGCAGCGUUGUUCUUCUUUACACCUGGAACUUUGUUGGGAAUCCCUGGCCUCAGACUAUGGAUGGAUUUAAGACAGCGUUGUGAGUCUGUUGAACAGACGGUGAUACUGACAGCAGGGCACCCUUUCUUUUGACCAGACAGACCACUCAGCCACCCUCCCAGUCUGCCCUGCCAUGUCCUUGUUCCUGGGCCUGUGGAUUAGCCUGGGCUUCCUGCUGCUGUGCCAGGCCACGCUGUACGAGACCCUCCAGCAGCACCACGUGCCCCGGCCCGGACGCAAUGCCAUCCAGAUCCUGGAAGGAGGGACGUGUGAGGUGAUCGCAGCCCACCGGUGCUGUAAUAAGAACCGUAUUGAGGAGCGCUCCCAGACCGUCAAGUGCUCCUGUCUACCAGGGAAAGUGGCCGGGACGACACGCAACAAACCCUCUUGUGUGGACGCGUCCAUUGUGAUUGGGAAGUGGUGGUGUGAGAUGGAGCCCUGUCUGGAGGGAGAGGAGUGUAAGACUCUGCCUGAUAACUCUGGAUGGAUGUGCUCCUCUGGGAACAAGAUCAAGACCACAAGGAACACUGCGCCAUACUCACCUUUUUAGCUCUGGAAGCAAAAUGCAGAGGAUGCUUCAACAGAAACUGAGCUGCAUUCUUGCUUCUGUAAAGAGAGGGAGCCCUGCUUGCCUGUUCUGUAUCAGCAUCAGACAAGGCAGGCCUUUUGUAUGAGGAAGUCACAGUGAAGGGAAGUGGGGAGAGACCCCACCAAAACACAAGCCCAGCAUAGAGCCACAUUACCUGCUCCACUGGCUAAAUAGAUCAAUCCAUUUCUGCUCCCACCAUACAAUUAUGAUGUUGAAAAUUACAAGUAAAAGGGAGAGAGCAAAAGAAAGUGAAAUGAGAAAUCUCAUCAUUCUGCCUACCUGCCCCUUUUGUUAAAAUUAUCUAGUUAUUUGAAGCCUUCAAUAUUAUCAAGAAUCCCUACCAGACCAGAUAGUCAUAAGUCUAUUAGCCCAGGACUUUGGGAGUUUCCUAGCUGUUGCCUCAGUAUUCAGAUUCAGUAUUUACAUUGCUGUUUCAAGAGCCACAUGUUGUCUAUUAGAAGUAACAGAAGGCACCUUUUCGAGCCAGUCACAACAGCAGGAUAUAUCCCAUCUGGGAGGCUUGAUCAGAGCAAAGUUACCUGCCAGCAGAUGCAUCACCAUCAAAUGUGUUGAAUAAGGGAAAUCAUAAAACAAUCAAUCGAAAACACUCCUCACAAGAAAUGAUCAUCACCAAGCACUCAUGUUUUCCACGUCCCAUCUUUGUUUGGUAACACUUUACAUGAACUAUCCAUCCACAUGGUUCAUGUAAUGUGGACGGUACUACUUUCUUCUACUCUUUUUGUUCUAUACCCAUUGUCAAUGUCACAUUAAAUUGAUCUUGAUAUA